AGAGAGAGAUAUACAUUCAUUCAUACAAAAUAUACAAUAUACAUAUACAUACAUAUACACUUAUUCUCAAAUAAAAAAUCAUCAUCUUUUAGCUUAAUACUUAAUUCAAAUCAUUCACCAUACAAAGAUUCUUGAUUUUUUUACAAGGUAAACAUAUUAUUCUCUGAAUUUUUAUUUUUUUCCUCCCUUCAGUUUAUCAUAAUUUCAUUUUUUUUUAGAAAUACCCUUUUGUUGAAUUUGCAUAAAGUUGCUUACUUUGUUAUAGUUUUAGUGAAUUAUACAUGUUUGAAGUAGGUGGUAUUGUUUUUAUAUUGUGAAUUUGGUUUUUUUGGUGUUUUGGGGUUUGUUUAGAAUUAGGGUUUGUGAUGAAAAACCGAUCGAAUCGGUUACCAACGAUAUCGGACACACCAGAUGACUGGGUGGAUGAAUCUUGGGUGGUGGAUUGUGUUUGUGGGGUUAACUUUGAUGAUGGGGAAGAAAUGGUUGAUUGUGAUGAAUGUGGUGUUUGGGUGCAUACUAGGUGUGCUAGAUAUGUUAAGAGCGAAAAAUUAUUUGCUUGUGAUAAGUGUAAAGGUAAGAAACUUAGGAAAGAGAAUGAGGAAACCGAAGUUGCACAAUUGUUAGUUGAGUUGCCUACCAAAACUAUGAGGAUGGAGAACUCAUAUUCUGUGAGUUGUUCUGUGCAAAAUCCGUUUCAAGUUUGGACCGAGGUUCCUAUGGAAGAUAAAGUGCAUGUGCAGGGUAUACCUGGUGGUGAUCCUACUUUGUUUAGUGGGGUGUCUUCGAUUUUUGGUCCUGAGCUUUGGAAGUGUACAGGGUAUGUUCCUAAAAAGUUUAAGUAUCAAUAUAGGGAGUUCCCGUGCUGGGAGGAUAGGCAUGAUGACGAUGACGAUGAUGAUGAUGGUGGUAAGAAAAUUAUAGAAGAUAUUGAAAAGCGUACUAGUAAUGGGGCUGAUGCAUUGUUUUCAUUGUCAAAGGAGAAUGGUCGAUUAAAAAGCGAGGUUAAUGGUGGAGGUGGGUUGGAUAUGGGUCCGCCAACUACUGAUAGGAAGAAACAAGAAGUUGAGAAUCAUGAAAAUAGGCGCCAGCAGAGUGGGUUGAGAAAAGAAAGGAGUUUGCUGAAGCCGGUUGUGGUUCAUUCAGGCAAACAAAAGAAAUAUGAUUUGAAGGUGUUCAAGGACCAGAACAGGAAGAGAAGUGUCAAAGUUAUGGAGAAAGAUAGAGAUUCUAAGAAGAUAAAUCAUUAUUCUUCUGAUUCAGUGCCCACCAAAUCAAGUGAUGCAAAACAAUCAGAACCAAAUGACGGGAAAGGUCUUAAGGUUUUCAAGAUCGAUAAGAAUAGUUCCAAACGUGAUAAUUCGAGAGUGGUUGUGCAGACCAAUCAUAAAUCAGACCAUCUUCUUGACAAUAGCAACCCUGCCUCUAUUGGACAACCUUCAGAGGAUGUAAAUGAUGCAAGAAUAAAUCCCUCAAGAGAAGCAAAACAAAUGGAAGAAAAUGAUGUUAAUCAAGUUUCUCCAAGUGGUCAGAUUUCUCCUAAAAAAGAAGACGGCAAAGCAGCAUCGCCAUUGAUUAAAAAUUCUAUGCAAACUAAUACCGUAGAACAUGAGGAUGGCCUUAGUGUUGACGAUGUAAAUCCCAGUGGAAGAAGUAGCAGUAGAAGUGAUGAAACUGGGUCCAAUAAGAGCAAUGUUGAAAAAGCGAGCUCAGCCCCAAAUGGCGAAAUCCAUGCACCAAUUGAAGUGAAGGCAGUAGAGAUCAAUCGUGCUGGAAACACUUCCAAUAUUCAAAGUGAUAUAAAGCAGGAUAGCUCCAAGACCUUGGCUGAAGAUAUGAAGAUUCCUGAUGACCCUCCAUCUACAAGCUCUGCGGUGAAGAAAGAAGAUGUAUACAUGUCACAAAAGGUGCAAAAUGUUGACAAAAGCAUACCGCAUGAUAAUAGUAAAGCAGAUGAACCCGAUGAAUCACCUGGCAGGCUGAGCCAGCCAAAGGAACCCAUGAAGGGGCCUGAAAGUUCCACAGAAGCUCAUGGUUCUUCAAAAGGCCAAGCCAAAUCACAUGGAACUGUUACAAGUCCUUCAGGAGCACCUAAUAAACAUAACAUGACGGUAUCGACUGUCACGAAGUCUUCUGCUGGAAAACCUUCUUCAAAACCGUCUGUUCCUGAUAAGGCGAGAUAUUAUAGCACUGAAGAUCGCAAAUUAAGUGUCAAACAGAAAGGAGUCUCUGAUAAUAAUACCAAGAGUAAAAAAGAUAUUAUCGGAGAUGCUUCUGAGAAGCCUAAGAAAGUAAUACGAGACCUUCCAAAAUCCCCCUCGACAUCUGCCUUAAAAUCGUCACAUUUGAGUAGGUCCUCAAGUGCUCCUGUUUCCAAGAAGAACUCAUCUGAUUUGAAGGAUCCUGCAUUCUUAUCGUCCUCUAAAACGUCUUCUGUCACCCCGGAUUCCGGUGACUCUGCCAAUUCAUUGCGGAGUGAGAGUGGUACACAUGAACAGAACAAAAGUACUUCAGAAAAGACUAGUCAGCUAAGUAGACAACCUGCACCAAAGAACCAUCUACCACAUGUUCACCCCAUGCCAUCUACCAACUCACCUGCAACCUUAAGUGAUGAAGAGCUUGCAUUACUUUUACACCAAGAACUGAAUAGUUCUCCAAGAGUUCCACGGGUGCCACGUAUGCGCCAUGCUGGAGGCUUACCUCAGCUAGCUACUGGUACAUCUACAAGCACACUAAUGAAACGGACAUCUACUUCUGGAUUGAAGGAUAAUGGGCUGGCAUCAAGAAAGAAAAACAAGGAUUUAACUAAUAAUGGGGCUAGUAAUUCUCGUGAGUCUGAUGGGCCAAAAAAAGUGGAUAGAAUGCAUAAGGUGCCCUACUCAAGGAGGCAUGACCCUGUGAAAAAUGGUUCAGCAAAAGUUGUGCCUCAUGUUGAUAAGAGUGCUCCUACUGCCUCAACAACAGUGAGCAGUGGUCCAUCUUCUUCUAAUGAAGCUGCACGGAGUUCACCUCAAAAUGCAUCUGAUGAUGAGCCUGGUGCAGUUGGGGCUCCUACACAUCGUACUUUACCUGCCUUGAUUGCCGAAAUUAUGAGCAAAGGUAAGCGGAUGACAUAUGAAGAACUCUGCAAUGCAGUUUUACCGCAUUGGUCUAAUUUGCGUAAGCAUAAUGGGGAGCGUUAUGCUUAUUCCAGUCACUCACAGGCUGUUCUUGACUGCUUGAGGAACCGGAGUGAAUGGUCCAGAUUGGUUGACCGUGGUCCUAAGACAAAUGCAGGUAGGAAGAGACGCAAAUCUGAAACUGAUACACCAAAUCUUGAAUCAGAAGAGGAUGAUUAUAGCACAGACAGAAACACAAAGGACAAUGAUAGCAGUGAGUUAUCAAAGGGGAAACAGAGGGCAAGAAAACUUAGGCGACUUGCUCAAAGAAGAGGAAAUAAGGAUACUAGAACUAGGAGGAGACGGAAAGCUGAAGUUGUUAGUAGUGAUGAUGAUGAUUCUUCUUCUGAUUCUAGCGAAGAAAGUGAAUAUAGUGAUGAAGAAAUGCAAGAAGGAAAAACAUCGGGUCAAAACGAGGCCUCUGGCAGCUCAGAUGAAAUGGAAACGACGUCAUAACGUACUCAAUAAAUGUUUUUUUAACCGUAAAUGAUUAGGAAAAGAGGCUUGUUGUAUUUUAGCAUUUGUAACAUCUUAAUAUCUUGAUGGUAGGACAGAAAAGUAGUGAUAGCAGUGUGAUUGUAGUCAUGAUUGGUUAACUAGAUUUUGUGUUCCUAAUUGUCCAGGGUGGUUUACUAAACAUAUAAUCCCAACAUUGAUAAUAUGAAUGUUUAAUACAUAAAUAUGAAUCUGAGAAUAUUUUUUUCUUA